AUGGACGCCCAAGCCAUUUCCGAUUACCUGGAGAUCACGCAGCGCAUGAUGCUCUGGCCCGAGAUCGUCGACACCAUGUCUCUCGAUCGCCUCCCCGAGCUGUUCCUACCCGACCUCGUCUGGGACUUUGGCGGUGGAACCGUCGACCACAGCCUGGCGGCGGUGCGAUCACGAAUAGAGGCCCACUUCGAGAAGCCCGAUUCGUACUGCGGCGCUACUCGACAUGACCUGUCGAACCACAUCAUCACCUUGGCCGGCAGCGAACGUGCCGAUUCGAAGGUCAAUGUCUUCGCCGCGCACGCCGGUAAAGGGUCAUACGCCGGCCAGGUCCAGCUGACGUGGCUCACGUAUGAGGACAAAUGGAGGCGAGUGGAUGGGAAAUGGUACAUUGAGCACAGGACGUACCGCAUUCAGUUCACCUACGGACCCGACGACAUAGUGUACAGCACGGGGAGGGAGACUUGGGCAGAAGGCGACCAUCGCCGUCAGGGCGACACUCAUUAG